UCACUUCCUGGGAGAAAGGUCGCGAUGGACGGGUGGCGAGAGGUUGUUUUGGGGGGUCGCUAGGCUAUUCGUGUUGCUAUCCCUUGUCUCUCGGAGCCUGCGGGUGGCCGCCGAGGAUGGAUGAGGACGGGUUGCCCCUCGUAGGCUCGGGCAUCGACCUGACGAAGGUUCCAGCCAUCCAGCAGAAGAGAACGGUGGCAUUUCUAAAUCAAUUUGUGGUUCACACAGUUCAGUUUCUCAACCGUUUUUCUACUGUUUGUGAAGAGAAAUUGUCAGCACUUUCCCUCCGUAUUCAGCAAAUUGAAACUACACUCAAUAUUCUGGAUGCAAAGUUGUCUUCUAUACCUGGUUUAGAAGAUGUCAAGUUUGAAGUAUCCAGUACCAGCGUCAACAGUAUUACGAAUGGCCCUGUCCCUCAUGCCUCCAUAGAUCCACAAUCAACAAAUGUAUCGCCUCCUCCUGAGCAGGGCAGCGUACAUGAGGUGGGGCAACAGAAGACUGAAGGAGCCUUAGAAAAUGUCACCACUGUAGCGAAGGAUCCACGCUAUGCCAGAUACCUCAAAAUGGUUCAAGUGGGUGUUCCUGUAAUGGCAAUAAGAAACAAAAUGCUUUCUGAAGGAUUAAACCCGGAUCUUCUUGAAACACCAGAUGCUCCAGUACCUGCAUGGGGUGAUGAGGCAAAUGCGGAAGAAAGUUCAGAUAGUGAAUCCUCCUUUAGUGACUAAAAGUGCUGGUCAUGGAGUGUAUGUGUGCCUGUGUCUUUAAAAGCUCUUUCCAAACUCUUCUCUAAGUGCUGAUGAAUGAAACAUAAUCAGAAAGAUUUCCUGAUAGCUUGAGCUGUAUGAAGCAUUCGUUAAGAAUUAGCUGUUUUGCACUGAGACCUUCACAUUGUCUUCCACAAAGUUUUGAAUGAAGCUCCAGUCAAUCCUGAAGUAAGACUAUCUUGAUGUACUCUUACUUAUGUUGCCCUGACUAAAGUGGUAGUUAUUCCAAGGAAAUUAAGGGUGUAUUGGGGGAGGGGGGGAUUUCUUAUAAAGCUAAUGUAAUCCUGUAACUCAGACCAUUCUUUAGACAAUACUAAACUUUGUGAAUGACCUCUUUGCAUCUGGAUUCACACACACACACACACACCCCUCCCUCUUCUGGUAAGUGUUCAGAGUUCACCUGAAUUGCAUUCCUUCAGUGUUGAAUAAGAAUUCAAAGCAUCUUUUUUAUAUUGGGAUAAGCACGCACAUUCUAUUUGUCUCAAUGCUCUAAGAAUUGGAGGCAAGAGGGGGUGGCAGAAAGAAAGACAGACCGAAAAUGAGGGAAGGAAAUUGGUGGCUCUUUGAAAUGGAUGAGCAUCUAUUGUGUGUGCAAAACAUUACUGUUACACUGCCACUAAUCAUUUUUUUCUCCAGAAGGGAUCCUAUUCCAGCCUCAUGCAAAGCUUUAUGUUGCACAGCAGCAAAAUUUUGCAUAUUGCCAGUCUGCUACCCUAUUUGGCAAGAACUUUGAAUAAGUAUUACAGUAAACAUAAGAAAGAAAAGUCCAGGUUACUUAGAAGAAUAAAACUCUACUGCUGUGAAAGAAACUUAUUUUCUCAGAAUAUUUUUAAUGCAAUAUUAAAAGAUUUCUGUUGCUUGUCACUUGAAGGUCAGUUACAACCAACCAACUAGGAAAUUAGCUUGUUUUGAAAAGCAGAUUCAGAAAAGUAGCCACUUACACAGAUGGAGACCUACCAUUUCUUUCAAAACAUAUAAGUUGCCUUAUGGAGGGAUCUAGUAAGAAAAUGAUGUGGAAAAAUAGCCUUCUGGAUCAAAGUACAAAAUCCCUAAGUGUGUUAGUUUUUUGCAAGAUUGAGUCAAACACUACCUGGUGAUUUUUGCUGGUGAUCCUAACUUGCAGUAGACUUUGAGCGUUCUUGAAGUGUACAUAUCUGGACUGUGUUCACAUAAAAUGAUAAGCCAGAUUUCCAGAGAACCCUGGUUUAUCAUUCACAAACAAGCACUGCCCAAUGGAACUCUUGAAACAGUACACUGCUACUGUUCAACCUCAUGUAUACUUGGAAGGGAGAUGCAGUUAGCCAUAGCUUCCCACAUGUGUGAAGUGCUCCUUAGAUAUGUCUUUCGGCUUUUGAUCUGUAAUGGACAGUAUCAAGUCUCCAAGCUGACACUAAAGUAUUUCUAGACCACCAUUUUGAAUUUGCUCCGCAUAUAUUAAUUAUAUGUCACAUGUACAACAAAAGCCAAGAAGUUCAUUACACUUGAAUGUCCAAUUUGAAAUUGAACCCUGAGUGAGUUGAGGCUGAACGCUCCUCUUGGUCAAGAGAGUUACAACUGCAGCUGUGAAAUGGAAUCUCCUUCCAUUUUUCUGGUUAGGACAAGACAUUCCAGGCCAUUUGUUCUAGUCUGAAAAUGACCUAUUUCAGAAUAGGUCAAGACAUUUUGUUUCAAGCAACAAAUCUAAAAGCUUAACCUGUGUCUAGAUUUUUAUUAACUUGAUCUUCAGCAAAAUUCUAGUAUUAACAAAGCCUGGUUGUCAGAAAUAAAUAACUUAAAAUUGUUAAAUACUUGUUAACAUGCUGCCUAAUAACAUAUAUAUAUAUAUAUAUUGUGAACAUUUGAAAAGCAUGCAUCUAAUUAAAAUUAUGUUUUUUAAGUCAAA